UAGAAAAAAAACAACCAAAAUUUUUAUAUAUUUGUUCCCGUCUUAUGUCUGUCCAUGAUUUUUAGAUCAAGUGCAGUAUCUGGGGAGCAUUCUAAACGGCUUGACGGGACCAGCUGCAUACGAAAAUCACAAAUAUGGGAAACGAAAUGUUAAAUCUGUGGGCAUUAUCGGCGGAAGUUCAAAUCCCGAUCUUGGAAUGGUAACAAAAUCGUGAGCAGAUAGUCCCGUCGUCAAACAAAUUAUUCAAAAUAUUCACUUGUUCUUCGUUAUUGGCAAUGACAACAACUUUAAGCAGAUGCUUUCAAUCGAUAUCGAAAAUCCGUCACAUCAAUAAAGUCGCUUAUUGUUAUAGACAAAUUUCAUUUAUUCCUGAUUCACAUUGUCAGAAAAAUAAAAGUGUCAAUGACCUGCCUGGGGAUGCCAAAAAAUGGGGGAGCUUGGGCUUCGGCAGAGGUGCAAAAUUUGCUACAGGCUACUCAGCUUUGGUCCCAAAAAGCUUGGAGUCCAUUAUCGAUUUGGAGAGAGCUAAGAAUAUUCCGCCGGAGGAACUGUCUGCUGUCUGGAACGAGUAUCACAUUGGAAGAGGUCAUAUAAGCACGGUUCUGACAAGCAAGCAAUACUAUUUAUUAGCACAACGUACAAGUUCCUGCGUAUAUUUUGUCAUUCCUUUGUGGAAGGGAGCUGGGUAUACAUCAAUGUUUGUUCAAGCAAAAAUGCCUCAUAUGAUUUUCACUGGUCUUGAGGAUUAUAAGGCAAGAGGACCUCAAGCUUCUCCAUAUAUCACUGUAACAUAUUACAAAGAAUUUGCUGAAAGCAAAGGUUUGGUACUUGUUCGUGGAGAUGUUGUUUUUACCAGCAAACUUAGUGAUGAAGAGGCAGGCAAGCUUCUUGAAAAUUUGCACUCAUUUUAUUUAAACGAUUCAAGAUACAAGCUGGUUGAGCAGUUUAAUAGAGAACCUAGUGAAUUUGAAUUUAAGGAUGUCCUUAGAAUGCUUGAAAUGCCAUCAGGCUAAUUCUUAUUCUGUUUGCACUCUGGUUUUUUCAGAGUUGAGAUUUACACAUUUUAAGCAUUAUAGCUUCUUCGUGUGAGAUGCUCACUGUGUUUUUCACCAUUAAAAAAUCUCAUGAUGAUUAUUUUUACAUACUUA